AAUGUUUUGGGGUACUCAAGUCACAUAAGGAUAAUCAUAUAAAUUAACUGCUGAAGAAGCUACAGUGAUUCAUGUCUCAAAUGUUGUAUUAGCAGAUGGUGAUAACAAAGUUUAAGUCUAUGCAAAAGUAAAGGGAAAGGAAUAUGUACUUGCCAACCUCGAAAAAAAUAAGGUAUGGAAAAUUUUUAUAAUUAGUUGGAAUAAGCAUUUUUGGAUCUUUACUUUAGAGUAGAUUAGCAGGUGGAAAUUGGACUUAAAGGAAAAGGUUCUGUUCAUCUUUCAGGCUAUAUUGAACCAGAAGACGAAGAAUUGGUAUAGAUUCAAAUAAUUUUUUUUAGAACGAAGACUUAGAUUUAGAAGAUGAAGAGAGUGAGGAAGUUGAGAAAUAAAAAGUUAAAAAACCUGAACCAUCUAAAUAAACUGAAUAAGUCAAAUAAUAACAAAAAGAACAAUAAAAGCCAUAAACUUAAUAAUUAAAAACAUAAACAUAAUAACAAAAGCCACAAGCCCAACAAUAAAAACAACAACCAGAAUAAUAAUAAACAGCUAAGCCUCAAGAUAAAGCUUAAAAACCACAAUAAUAAUUGCCCAAAAAGGUAGAAGAAGAUUGGAAUGAUGAUGAAGAUGGAGAGGAAGAAGAACUUCUUGACCAAAGUGAUGUUGAUGAUGAGGAGGUAGAAGAAGAUUUAGAAGAUGAGGAAGAAAAUGGAGAUGAUGAAGAAGAUGAAGAUGAACCUAAAUGUAAAAUAAUUGUUUAAAAAUUCUAGAAAAUAAAAAAUUCCUUAAAGGAAAUUAAGGAUAACAAGUCAAACCAUAAUCAAAUUAAUAAUAGAGGCCCUAACACUAAUAAUAAUAAUACAGAAAAUAAUAACAUUAAGGAAACUAAUAAUUUAAAUAAGGAUAAAAACCUUUCUAAUAAUCAAAUAAACACGGACAAGGGUAAUAAAAUCACCCAAACAAAGGAGGAUACUAAAACAAAUAGAAGAAUUUCAAAAAAAAUAAUAACUUUAAUAAUAAUAAUAAUAGAAAGAACUUUAAUAAAAAGAAUAAUAAUAGAGGUGGAUUCAAAGGAGGUAGAUAAUGAGU